CAAGUCAGUUCUCUGGAUUCCAACCUGCAGAAUAUCAGCCAGAGAACCAGGAGAAUCUGUCAAUAGACCGCAAAAUAAAAAAAAUUAGAAUAUUAAAAAGAUCAUAUUGUGUGAAGAAUACCAAUUAUUAAAGCAUUAUUGUUGUCAUUAUUCAAUUAGUCAAUUGUCAAAUUUAUAGACAAGAAUUAAAAACAUACGAGACAAUGUCUAUUACUGAUCCUCAAAAUUCGGAAAACGUGGAGGAUUCGAAAGGCGAAAUCGAGGAGCAAAAACCGGAGCAAAUGCAAAUGCACAUGGCUCUUCAAGUUCAAAUUUUAGAUGAAGUCAUAAAACUAAGAACCGAUAUGGCUCUUUGCAUAAAGCAAUUAUCAGACUUGGGUAAACGAAUAGAAAAAAUUGAACAAAGCCAAGGGACAUCUCAUGAUAAUGAAUAUAAUCCUCAAGCUUUGGGAUUACCAAUUGAAACCAUAGCAGCCUAUCAAGCACUUGAGAGUGACGAGACUCGUCUAGAACAAUUGAAACAUUUUUUGGUCAGUGUUGGUGGAUUCACAUUGAGAGGAACAGUAAAGGAUUUUGUUAGAAUGACAUUUAGCGAUGCAUUUGUUGCCAUGAAUCUAACAUGGUGUCUUGGCACCUCGAAAAUUCACUUCAGAGAUUCUCAAAUAUCGAAGACAUUUUUUGCCGCUUGUAGAAGAAUACAAAGGUUGAAGCAACCAUCAAGGGCUUUAUAUGAGGAAGCUGCAAAAGUAGCAUUAAAAAAUGCAACUCAACGACAUUAUAUUGAAGUUACUGGAAGGAAUAAUAGUGCAUUUUCCGAAAAGAAGAAAGAAAAACUUGUCAUGGAGGGUAGUCCAUCUGAAUAGAAAAUUUUGUUUUCGAAAAUUUUAAUAGAUAACAUUAUUCUAGGUAUUUAGGACCUAGAGAGAAAGAAUUUUUUCAAAAAUCUUUUAGAUGAAACUAUAUUAAAAUCGAAUUUAAUUAUAAUCGAUUUUUGAAAUCUUAAUAUUAAGAUUCGAUUAAUUAGUCACUUACUUUUAUCUGUCAUCGAAAUCAUACAAACAUACACAAACUAAUAAAAUAAAUCUAUCAACGAAUUAAUCAACCAAUUUUUAGACAAAUGUAAAUAAAAAAAAUUCUUUAAAAUUAAUAUUGUAUAUUGCAUAAUACAAUGUAAAUAUCGUUUGCUU